AUGUCCUCUACAACGAAGCCAACGACUCGCCCAGUGGCCUCGGGCUCUGUAUCUUCUACUACAUCCAACGAAUCCUCCAAGUCAAGCAGCCAAAAAACAACGGUUCAAGCAGAGCAAAAGUCAAGCACCACCUCCGCAUCGAAGCACCAAAGCAAGAAGAGUAUUCCACCAGAGGGAUUCGAGAGAUGUGAUGUUUGCGGUCAACGUAGUCCUUUGGUAGGCGAUCUCUAUCUCUUCCUGGGGGUUUUGAUCAGAAGGGAUACAGUGCUAACGUUUUGACAGGACACGAUCAACCGUGGAAGAUGUGAUGAGCCUAGUUGUGUCAGACAUCCGGACUUCGCAGGUUAA